AGCCACAAAAAUAAAAUCGGAAGCGAAGUCAUAAUAACAAAAGAGAUCAACAAGUAUUGACCAGCUCAACUUCUAAGCUCAGAUACGGCCAAAAAAUAAUAGUUCUCCUCCAAUUACAGUCCCUACGUUACUCAUUACGCUCACUUUACUGUUACAAGUUCUUCGCGGAGUUCAUCGAAGAUGUCAAUCUGGGUGACCUAGGCCAAUCGGGUACAAUGGACAUAUUGAAAGGGAAAUUAUUGAUGAAUAAAGAAGGAGAUCAUGUACCAGUUGAAGAAGCUUUAGAGGACAAAAGUAUCAUCGCACUCUAUUUCGGGGCGUCAUCAUGUCCACCCUGCAAGGCUUUCACUCGAUUCCUACGGGAGUUCUAUCAGGAACUCAGGGAAGAAGAAGCAUCUUUUGAAAUCAUAUACGUAUCACUGGACAAAACAAGGGCAGAUUUCACAAAUUUCUACACGAACUGUCAUGGUGACUGGUAUGCUAUUCCUUCCGAUGAAGAGACCGCGACACAACUGCGAAGAUUCUGCAACAUAAUCGCGAUACCCCAGCUGGUUCUAUUUCACUCAUCCGGGAUCCUAUUGAGCGGAAAUGGCAAAGCCGACAUUUGGGAAUAUGGAAAUCAAGCUUGGGAUGCGUGGAACGAACGACUGAAAAGCCUGGCACCAAGGGGAAUGCCUGUCUUCCUAUCCCAACCAAAACAGGAAUUCUCUUGUGAACUUCAGGAGGUUAUAACAAGAUCCCAGCCAGAAUCUUCAUACCGUGCGCUGAGCUCUGAAAGCAUCGAUCUCAGCGCCUUCGACGAAAUCGUUGAAUCGAAAAACUUGAAAUCCACCAGGAGUUCACCAACGCAGAUUUCGCUUUCGUGCGAUCAUCACGCACCUAACGGAGAUGAUGACAUCGUUCGAUGUGAAUCGAAGACUGACAUCGAUUCAGUCACCGAAUCUGAUGCUGAAGCGACACCAGAGAACAAUUUGACCAAUAGCAUGCAAGAGAGUAGUGGGUUGCAAUCGAAGCAAGGAAGAGUCCGUUUUCCAUUCCUCGAAGAGCGACGUUUGAUAUCCGUGUUGACCAAAGUAACGCCGGAAAGCUCCAGUGUUCAAUCUGUGGGCUACUCGGGUAUUUCUCCAAAUCAGCACAAGAUGGAGUCCAUUUCAGGACAAGAUCUUCGCAGCAUUCCUUAUUUAUCCACGUCUAAUCCAUGUUCGAGAGACUUCGGUUUCCGGGGUCACAAUAGCACGCCAACUUCAAACGUCGAUGAUUUGUGCCAAAAGCAAGAGGUUGAUUUAUCAAACGCUGUUCAAGCCACUUUUCUCUGUCCCAGAUCGCAACUGGAGUGUAUCAAAGCUUUCCCGGAAAUUCUGAUACGAAGAAAUUCAGCAGUGUCUUCUAUCGCGAAACAUGCAGAUGACGACAGCGGGAUACAAACCCACUCGGGCAACGCGAACCCAAAGAAAGUUGACCAUUUCAGUGCUGAACUGAUUCUUCGAAUGAUGCAAAGAUUCAUCGAGAAAAGUCAGGCCCUUUCGCCGUCAACUCCGCAGCGGUUCAUGCAGGAACUGACGCUGAAUCAAACCAGCAGCAACCCCGAAAAAUGCGAAACAUCAACGUGGACAAACCUGGUUUCGAUACCAGUUUCCAGUCAGACGCAAACAUCUCAGGAACAUUUACCCAGCAAAAACAACACAUCCGAUUCUUUGGCGAGCAAACAAUCCAGCAAGGUUUCUCUUCCCAGUAUAUCCAUUCGCUCUGUGCGAUUCAUCACAGUGCCCGACACCAAUCCGUUCUUCAAGACUUUGCAACACUUUGAGGGUCAGGAUUCAGGGCUAACCACGGAAAUCCCGACCGAAUCCCUAACCCCACCUUCCCAGAAGCACCCUAAAGAGGCCAACAAAUUGAAACCGAAGAGAUCCAGCAGUUUUCAGCAAAGAUCGACAUGCAGCAAAUCGCAUUCCACGCAUGACGGAAUCCAGACUCAAAUGCACUUCAGGGAGCAAUCAGGAAGUGCGAUGAACCUUUCCCGACAUCACAGAAGGAUCGACGCGUUGCAAAAUUACGCGGAAUGGUCAACGACCAGUUCUUCAAUUUGUGACAUUAGCAAUACGAGUAUAGUAGCGAAGAACCCAGAAAAGGGACAGGUAGUCGAGAGAACUUCGUUGCACCAUCUCCAAGACUGCGGUACCACACGUUCCCUGGACAAACGGAGAACUGAACCAGCUCAAGAUAUCUCAGACCAAAGUUUCUCCCAGAUUCCGGAUUCUUCGUAUCACUGCAACUCAUUUUCAGGAACGAGAAUUGAGCUCCUUUCGGCUAGCAUCAUACGUCGAAACAAGAAGCUGAGGAACUCGUCAGAGACGUGUUUAACCGAAUGGAUCCAAGUGGCACGCAAGCAAUCUAAACAAAGACUGUCCAGUUGCCAGAGCUGGACAUCCAACCAUGCCACAAGCACGCUCGUGUUAUCUACCUCCUGUUCAACCCCAGCAAUGGAUUACAAGUCGAGCGACGAUUUCAAGACCAACAGCUGUAAAAGAAGAGCGACAUCUACAUACACACCUCGGUCUCUCAGUCGGCGAAAACGGUACCAUUUGAAACACCUAGAAGUCAAACACGAGGUGACAGUACCGAGUAACUCGACGCAUAUCGACGGAUCCUCAACUCAGUCCAUCGGUCCCAAGCAAGAGGUUAUCCAUGCGAAAAGUGAAAUCAAUUUCCAAGAAAGACCUGUCGACCAUCCCAAAAGCCUAACUGUUUCUGAACCAUGUGAAACGAUCGUUCAGGCGACGCACUUGCCACGAUCCGAAUCUGGAAAUUUAACAGUAAUCGCAAAUAAAACCGAUCCAAGCAACGAAUUCUUCCAACGGCACGCAACAAAAAUCCUGAUCCCAACCAUCAGAAUUUCAGAGCCUCAAGGAGUCUGCACAGUUCCGACGCAGCGAUUUGAACCCAUCCACAGCGACGAAAGUUCUGUGACUGAUAGCUCAAAUGACAGACAUCGAAUGAUACCCGAGGACCUCAGAAACAGAAUACGUGAUUGGGUGGAAAAUGACGGAACCCCUCAAGAACAAGAAGAUCCCACUCGAAGCGGGACACCGUCACGCCAAUCUGCGGCGAGACGAACCUUGGGAUGGUUGAGCAAGUGGAAAUUUAGAUAGGGAUUCAAAACUUGAGUUAUCGACACUCUUUCGUUUUGACAAUACAGAAAUGAACCGCG